CACCUCCCCACUCCUCUUAUAUAACCCCCCCCCUCUCCCACUCCGUUUUUAGUUUCCUCUAAAACCAAUAAAACCCAGAAAACCAAAAAAGCCAAAACGCCCUGUAAAUUCUGGUUUCAGUCUACCCCGACUCUUUGUUAUCCGGAUGGCUAUGAAUCGGAAGGAAAUGGAUCGGAUGGACCGGAUCAAGGGCCCCUGGAGUCCGGAAGAGGACGACGCGCUGCAGAGCUUGGUUCAGAAGCACGGCCCGCGGAACUGGUCUUUGAUCAGCAAGGCGAUUCCGGGGAGGUCCGGGAAGUCGUGCCGGCUGCGGUGGUGCAACCAGCUCUCGCCGCAGGUGGAGCACCGGGCUUUCACUCCGGAGGAGGACGACACCAUCAUCCGAGCCCACGCGCGGUUCGGGAACAAGUGGGCCACAAUCGCCCGGCUGCUCAGCGGCCGCACCGACAACGCGAUCAAGAACCACUGGAACUCGACGCUCAAGAGGAAGUGCUCCUCGAUGAGCGACGACGGUAACGGUAACGGUGUAGGGUACGAUGGGAAUUUCCACGAGCAGCCGCCUUUGAAGCGGUCGGUCAGCGCCGGGUCGGGCGUGCCCGUGUCCACGGAGCUGUUCAUGAACCCGGGCAGCCCGUCCGGGUCGGACUUGAGCGACUCCAGCGUGCAGGUGAUGUCACCCUCCCACGUGUACAGGCCCGUGGCGCGAUCCGGCGGGGUUCUACCGCCAGUAGAAACGACGUCGUCUUCAAACAACAACAACAUCAACCUCAACAGUGAUCCUCCAACUUCGCUGUCCCUUUCGCUCCCUGGUGUCGACUCCUGUGAAGUGUCGAAUCACCGAGUUGCGGCGGUGGUUGAGUCGACUCAGAACCAGGCUGCUGCUCAGCCGGCGGCUUAUGAUCCGAUGAGGAGCUUUCCGGCGGAGCUGCUGGAGCUGGUGCAGGGGAUGAUAAAGAAGGAGGUGAGGAGCUACAUGGAGGGGUUGGAGCAGAGUGGGUUUGGGGUGAUGAGGCAGCAGAGUGAUGGGUUUAGGAAUGUUGCGGUGAAGCGAAUUGGGAUCAGCAGAAUUGAGUGAGGGAGUUGAAGGUUGAUACUUUUGGGAUUGAGAGGAAGAAUUUUAAGUAAUGUGGGAUGAGGCUCAAUGCGAAGGUUUGAGCUUUGAGGACUAGUAGCUACUAGAUAGGGAAAGACUGCAAAAAUGGUGGAACUUGGGGGGAUGAUGUUGUUUUCUUUUAGUUAUUUUUGCUUUCUUUAGGAGAAAAUAAUAAUUUCGGUUAAUGUACAGAGAGUAAUGAGAGAGAUGAUGAUGAUGAAAAAGCCAUCCAAGAAAAAAUUGAAAAAAAAAAGAAAGAGAGAAGAAGAUAAAUGGAUCUUCAAAAUUUCAGUCUUGAACUCUUGAUUUCCCAUUUUAAUCCUUUUUUCUGGUUUAUUGUUCUUGCUUAUCUUAUUUGUCUGUAAGAUGAACUGGUUCUUUUGAACGGUGAGAAUAAAGGAAUAGUCU